GCCGGAAGUGGCGCUGGUCUCUCCAGUGCGGGUCCAUUGAGCAGUGAGGCCCCCACUGGCCCUUGAGGGGAGUAGAAGGGGACUGAGCCGCGUCCCGGCUCGGUGCCCGUGGACGCCUGUGUCCCUUGCGGAGCGGCGCUGCCUGGCGCCUUGGGGCCCCCGUUGCCGGGCGGAGCGCGGCCGCGCCCUGCCAUUGCCCCCGGCCCUGCAGCGCGAUGGCGACGCCCGGGGGGCUGGUGUCCAACCGGGGCCGGCGCUUCAAGUGGGCCAUCGAGCUGAGCGGGCCGGGCAGCGGGAGCAGGGGCCGUAGUGACCGGGGCAGCAGCCAAGGUGACUCCCUUUACCCUGUGGGCUACUCAGACAAGCAGGUUCCUGACACCAGUGUCCAGGAGACUGACCGCAUCCUGGUGGAGAAGCGCUGCUGGGAUAUUGCCCUGGGGCCACUGAAGCAGAUCCCCAUGAACUUAUUCAUCAUGUACAUGGCUGGGAAUACUAUUUCCAUCUUCCCCACCAUGAUGGUGUGUAUGAUGGCCUGGCGCCCUCUUCAGGCCCUCAUGGCUAUAUCUGCCACUUUCAAGCUGCUGGAAAGCUCCAGCCAGAAGUUCCUACAGGGGCUGGUUUAUCUGAUUGGCAACCUAUUAGGACUGGCACUGGCUGUCUACAAGUGCCAGUCAAUGGGGCUGCUGCCUACCCAUGCCUCUGACUGGUUGGCUUUCAUUGAACCUCCUGAGCGAAUGGAGUACACAGGUGGUGGGCUACUUUUGUGACUACUCUUCCCAGGGAUACCAGGGCUUGGGCCCCCAUCAACUCCAAGCUGGAUGUUGUACUGCUAAAGUAUGCUGUGGGGGAAGCAAGACAAGCCCUGGUAUCUUCCUUUCUCUGCUGUGUAGGGACUAAUAAAGCUGCUGUGUAUAUGA